AUGAAGCUUUUACUUGCAACUUCGUUGUUUGUGCUACUCUUCUUUACAUCAUCAUUUGUCCAACUCUCAUUUGCCAAACCCGGAGCACCUGCACCCGCCACCGUCCCUCCGCCAUCUCGUUCACCACCUCCUCUUAAUUUCUGUGAUAGAAAGUGUGCGGAGAGAUGUGCAAAGGCAGGAGUGAAAGACCGGUGCUUGAAGUAUUGUGGGAUAUGCUGCCACGACUGUAAGUGUGUUCCUUCAGGGACCUUCGGGAACAAGUCUGAAUGUCCUUGCUAUCGAGACAAGUUGAACUCUAAGGGCCACCCUAAAUGCCCUUAAUAUUCCCCUUC